GUGUCGCUCUCGGCCUCCGACGGGGCUGCCAUGGCGGGCAAGGCGCUCGCGCUCCUGGCCCUGCUCGCGCUGCUGCUGGCCGCCCUGCUGCGCCGCUCGGCCGGAAAGCCCAUCAGCCUGACCUACCGCUGCCCCUGCCGCUACAUCGAGAGCAAGGUGGCCAAAUCGCACAUCAAGCACGUCAAGAUCCUGACCUUCCCUGGCUGUUCACUCCAGAUCAUUGCCAAACUGAAGAACAGCAACAAGCAAAUCUGCAUCGAUUCCAAGCUGAAGUGGCUUCAGGGGUAUCUGGAGAAAUAUGCACCCAAGUAAGCCAAGAGCCGAAAGGAUUUAAUUGCUGACACAUCCCUGGUGACCGGCUGCAGCUGCCAGGCCUGGCUCUCCCUCUUGGGCCCUUCGGAGGUGGGGGGGGGGCUGUGUGUCUUUUUCUAUUGAAGCCAAUCAGCAGUGUGCGGCCCUGCCUAAUAGUGCAAGAGGCCCAUAAAAGGCCCAAGAGCAAUUUUGGGGCUAGUGAGACCAUUCCCAGUUAAGCCUCGACAAACCAGGACAGCCCCGUUGCCUGAAGGGCCGGCUUCAUAACUUCACCCUCUGCGAGCAGAGAUGACAGCGUGACUUGUGGACUUCAGGGCAGUCGUGUAUCAGACAAGCACGAGUAGGAAGCUGCUGAGAGGCGGCAUGAUGGUUGUGCUGAGGUCUGCCCCCUGGCAGUGCCAUUCUUGUGGGGUGGUGCCCCUUGCAGCAGAUCUCAGCCAGCUUCUGCUUGAGAGAAGCCCUUCAGGAGGGGAGAGGAAGUCCAGCAACCGGAGGGAGAUCUCCUCAGUGCCGAAGGUAGUUCUUGGGGCUGCCCAUUCUUGCCUUCAUUACGAUGCUUUUGCUUCUUCAUUUAGUCAUGCUGACGGGUGGAUGAAACUCAGCCUGAGGUUUCUUCUCAGCUUUGCUUCUCUUGCUUCCUAAGGCUGAAUGUUGUUGAAAAUGUGAGCCCGGUGAUCAGAAGGGGCAGAAGUGCAAACAUGGCUCAGGUGCCCAUCUCUCCUGGGGAUACCUUUGCAUUUCCUUGUUGCCUUGUGCAGUCUUGAGCCACUGGGGAAGAUCCUGGCUGCUGAGUUGUGCGUUCCACACAAGGUUUGUGCACAUCCUUCUCUAAAGCUGCCUAAGGAUCAAAAAUGGAAACUCCUCUGCGCACAAAUGUGGAAACCUCAUCUGCACAAACUCCCAAGGUCUGUGCACGUCCCUCUGUUAAGUUGCCUGAAGACAAAAUACGGAAGCUCCCAUUCUGGGAAUGUUGUUUUCCUCUCCCUGCCUUUAUGUGAUCAGUUGAUUUCUGAUUGAAUGGACCUUUUCCAGAUUCACAACAAUAGAAGGACCUGGUCCAAGAUGUGUCAAAUGGUGCAAUAAAUCUGGUCCUAUGCUAGUUUUGGCACAUAUUUGAUGUACCAGUCAGCUAGGCAUGUCCUGUAUGAAUAUUCCCUCUUCAAAAAUGCUGGUCACAAUCCCCCAGGAAGAUCUGCAUGAGUCCCAUUUAAAAAAAGAGGUCCUUGGUGGAUUUGGACUCUGCUUCCAGCUUUUCUCUGAGCUGGUUUGUCCCUCUGCAUAGCAUUGAUCAGACACAAAAUCUCCAAGAAGUUUUACUAUUAUCUGACAGUUGAGGGAUAUCCCUGAACUGCAGCCAUGCUUAUAAAUGACUAACAGUUGUAACAUGAAUAUUUACAGCUAUUUUAAUGUAGCUUAUCAAUAGCUUCUAUCGUUGACUCGUACUGAUAUAUUUACACAUGCUAGCAAUCGAUGUGACAAAACAUUUCUUAAUGCAAAAGCCCAACUGUAUCUGGGGAUUUAUUUUUCUGAAAGAAUAAAUACUUUUUUUAGA